CGUUUUCGUCUUUGCGUUUGGCGUGCUUACCGUCGAACUGAAAACGAAACCAACAACCCGACUAGGCCGAGCGUCAUUCCGUUGGAAACAGUCGAUCAGCUGAUACGACAUGGCUGACUGUUGUGCACGGCGAUCACUAUGAACAAAACAACUGCUGCAGCAAUAACAUCAUCAACAGGCUCCACUAACGAUAGACGUAAUAAGACGGUGCGUUAGGCGUCUGAUGUCCAGUGAUUCAUAAUGUAGUGAGUGGAUGGUAUAUUAUACUGGUGUGGUCGCUAAACGUCGUCCGGAUUGACAGGCGCUGAGCUGCAGUGCGGACCGAUAGCUGGUCAUCAAUAGAACUGUGACGUUGGUCGUCGAUGAGAAAAGUUUACUGCUUAACGGGGAUUAAUCGCUCAUGGAUUAAUAAUAAAAACAAUAAUAAUACCGCAGUGAAAUACAAUUGGGUGAAUAUUAAGCACUCGUGUAACCACUGGAUAUAAGCUUGCUCUCUUAUAGUCGACAGUCAACGACAGGACAUUAAAUACAGCCGAUCCUGUAAAGCGGAUACACGUACACGUAUAUGUAACUGAGUGAUCGGUCGUGAUAGUAAAUGUCGGAUAUUUUUACGCCAAAGUGUGUUCGGUGCAUUGCUGUGAGAAUUUCUGAUUUUUGUUCUAUUUUUUGCUAAACUGGAUAUUGAUGCCCUCAUCUUCAUCAACAUCGUAAUUGUCGCCCGUCAUCAUCCUCAACAAAUCAUACCAACCUGUAUCUUGCUUAGCUAUUGGUAGCAGUACGUGUAGCAGAUAACACGCUCUAUAUAGUAUUCGACGCUUCAUCGUACUGUCAUAGAACCCUAGCUUUGGUCAUGUGGAAUCGUACAAACACUUACAGGGUCGAGUUGUUGGCCCAAGUUUCAACCGGGGUAAAUUCUCCACACAUGUCCGAACAGGAGUGCAUCGCUUUGGCCGUUCGAUAUGCGCGGAAAACGCACGAGGGCCCACUGCAUUAUCUCGUCGUAGAGGGAUCGUCCGGUUCAAACGGAUUGUGCAUAAAGACCCGCGCGGAACCUUUUGGCGCUACAGGAUCAGUACGUGCUCCCGUAGUGAGUCAUGGCCAGCUGAUGAGAGCUCUCCACUGCAAAGAAGAAUCACGCGUAGUAGUACUGGUUUUUCUCGACGUAUUCGAGGGCGAUAUUUACCUCACUUCGGAUGACGAAGUAAGAAACGUUCUUGUCUGGCGAACAGCUACGACAGAAGAAGCGGUGCAGCUUUCCAGUUUGUCGUCGGUGUCUACCGACUUUCGGAAGACAGCACUGCAAGCUGCGAACGAAAAACAGCAUUUGCUCGAAAAGAAUAACGCCAGAAACAAAAAGUUGGUAAAAGACUGCAAAAACCAUAAUGUUCUUUCCGCACAAUCAUUGAGCUCGAAAACCAACUCGAGAUUGCUCGUCUCGAGACGAGACAUCUAUGAUGUUGGACUUGAGCUGCAGCGUAGUCAGAAUGGCAAAAUUUGUCCUAUGGUCCCGCCACCCGUCCCUGACAAGCCACUGAGUGUGGUGAUGCUUUUCAACCAGAAAAAAGCCUCGCUAAGCAAGGCGGCCGGCAAGGGCUCGAAGACAGUGAAGAACUCAGGACAGCACAUUCUGUCGCUCGCGCCCGUCCCUCAGGACCUUAUCGCCUAUCAGUACCGGAGCGAGGUGCUCGCGAGUGACGUGCCGAAAAUUGUUGCUGAAACCAAAAAGAAAGGUAACAAACUCAAGCGGAAACCCGCCAUGGUUAUGAGGCAACAGCUCGCUGAACAUGUUCAUGGUACAACGCGGAUUGCGGGACCCGUGGUUCCUCUCCCACAGUGGUUUUCCUGGAUGGCCAUACCAUCGUGGAUAGCUCGACCCAUCUUUUAUCAGGACUUCUAUCCGAAGUAUCAUCCACCAAUGAUUGCCGCGCCCCCGACACAGAGGCGCCUAGUUGCGCCACCUCCGCCAGACUACAGCGGUAAAAAGCGGUCUGUACUUCGGACUUCAUCGCUCAGCUCACAGGAGGAAUCGUCCGGAAGCGACAACGAGGCGCAUCACAGUCCGAAGGAAUCUCUUCGGGGCAAAAAAAUGGUCACGUUCAACUAUCUAGCAACUGUGAAACUUGUUUAAAGGGUACACGCACGCGAGGACAGCCAACUCAAUCCAGCCGACCUAUCAAUUGCAAACGAGGGUAGAAUUAACCUAUUAAAACUGCCAUGUCCGUUCGUAUCACCGUUACCACAAAUCAAAGUGAAAAAUUACUUAAGAUAUUAUUUCAUAAAAUUUACAUAACCCUAACUUUCUACUGGUUAAUUAGUUACAAAUUUAAGUGUACGUAGUGUCUUCAUAUUGGCAAGCGUCAGUAGCCGACUAUAGGAUAUCGGUCAUAGCUGCUAUUGUAUUUGAUUAGGUUUGAUCAGACCAGAUUUUCCUCUGAACGUUUUCGAACACAGUCCUAUGAUUGGGCGGUGUAUGAGAGGAUGUCCUGAGUACCUGGAGAUGUCCCCUGAUAUUCAACAGGACUCAUAGAUCUACCUAUUCUACGAUACUAGUAGAGAAUAGCCAAUAUAUGUUGUUUUUUUUCAACCUAUGAAGAAAUGUAGGAGUCAACGUUCGUAGGCCGUGAAGUGUAUUGUGCCAAAAGGGACGGAUCAUCUUUCGUAGGAGGGACAUAAAUGAGUCGACACCAGUCGUGGAAAGCUUUCGUUGCUAAGGUCUAGACGAGGCGUUCAUACCUGAAUAGCUAGCUCAUGACUGUUUAUUUCAGUGGUCGCCAAAUAAGAACGAUCGAGUCUUCUGGCCCCUAAAUUCUAUAGCUAGAAGACAAAAUCCACCUUACGUGCCCUGCCUUAAUGCCCUUCUCAGGUUCUGGUUGAAUAUCGACUGACGAAUAUCGUAGAUAUACGUUCGCUUUGACAUUUUUGAAUUGUUUGCAAGUUUAAUGAAUAUUACGGCGUGUCGCGAUUGACGCCGAAAUAGUAGGACCUCACUUAUCAGCUCAUCGAUCAAGCCUGAGCUAAAUCAGUUGUAUGCGAAGUCCUAGUUUGAACACAUGGGCGAUACCUGUAAGUUCCUUUUCGUUUCGAUAUCUGAAUAAAAAAAACAUUGUUGCUUGCGAAUGAGGGCUGUCCAUUUAGAUUGCGUUCUAAAUAUAUUAAUCCGGGAAUCUUUAACCGACUGUUGUUAAUUGUCCAAUAUGUCUACCGCAUAAAGUAUCAUGUUGAAAGUAACUACAAUAUUAAAUGCAGAUAUGUGAUGGGUCAUGCUUGAUCGACAAUGAAACCGAAGAGGUUAAUCCGAACGAAGCCAUGUACCUCUUCUUUCUUUCAAUGAUUUAACUGCUAGUAACAGUGCGUUCGUGGCUAGCUGAAAUCGAGUGUUAAUCGCCGAGGUACCGUCAGUAUUGUCUGAGGCACGCCUCCAAGACAAUCGAUGAGACGCAAGACUGAAUUUUUGUAUAUAGUUAAGAUUUCUGCAGGAUGGAGGCGGUUCAACGGAUGGCAUCUACAAAAUUUCUUUCAACAUUUUCUGUUUUUGAUAGGUCGGCCACAACCUGAACUUCAGAUGAAGAGGAUAUUCAUUUGCGUUGGAGAAAAAUGACUGCAAAAUCCCGUCAAAUCAAAUACUAAAGAGAACUUUAUUGAGGUUAAUGCCAACCAACAGCUUCUGUUGAUUGCAAACAAGUUGCGCAAAGAGCGGUGUACUUAGGGCUUAACGUUCCUUUUGAGAUUGCCCUUGCCUUGUAUAUAGCGUUAAAUAUCAUGACCUAUAAAUAGUUAUAUAAAUAAAAUGUUCAAUUUUA